AUGGCCCUCAACGAACAAGAAGAUUCUACCUCUCUACGGUCCAUCUUUGAUACUACCUCGCGUCUUCGCGUAGAAAUCGAAGAAUCGUACGACUACCAAAGCGACGCCUAUCAAGAUAAGCUACGCGCUGCGCUCACCUCAUAUCAAAAAUGCAAAGACCUCAUUGAUCAAAUUUCUCUGUUUAGCUCAAACGAAGGACUGGAGGAUGUGAGCUCGAGUGAAAUUAGAUACAUGCUCGUCGACUUCUACCUUGCGGAGCUGAGCUUAAAGGAGAAUGCGCAGAAUAGAGAAACUGUCCUAAAGCGUUCUAGAACACUUUAUAAUAGGUUCUUAUCACUAUGCGAUACCUAUGAUUUGCUUUCUACAACCGACAAAAGUGCGUUUGAGAAGGGCGCUGUCUCGUCUUCUCCUGCGGACCCCGCAACCCGAAGAAAUGAGAAAAUUGCAAAAUAUAAAGCCGAGAAAGAGCUUAAAGCAAAAAUUGAGCAACUCUCACAAAACUCUCACAAUCUUGAUGAAACUGAUGUCCGAGCCCUUCACCUUGCCUCAAUCUCAUUGUCCAUUAUGAAGGCACUACAGGGCCUUGAAAUGAUCUUUCUCGAACUUGACAUUCUUUCACGUGCUCCCAAACCCUCAGACACUCCCCAACCUCCUCCUGAACAGGACUCCCGAUCACAGGGUCGUAAAAACCCUGCAGAUAGCUAUAGCGAAAAGCUCGACCUUAAUAUAGCAUCCAGCAUGAAAGGAGGGCCCUUAUUGUCUUCUUCUGGAAAGCCAUUACGGCCAUUUACUCUACUAGACAGUCGAGAAAGGUUGAAAGCAGGUGUAUUCAAAAGUGGACAUAAUUUGCCGACUAUGACCAUCGAUGAGUACCUGGAAGAAGAGCGAAAAAGGGGAGGUAUUAUUGAGGGUGGGGGGGAAAAGAGCGGGAUAAUACCAGAGCCCGAUGAAGACAACUACGAGAAGGCAGAUGCAGAGACUAUGAAAGCAAGAGAGUGGGACGAAUUUAAAGAAGCCAAUCCAAGGGGUUCCGGCAACACACUAAAUCGAGGAUAG